UUCCGGGUCAACUCGUCAUUUCUAAUCGGAGCGUUGUGCUGUUGUUGUUGUUUACUUUGCUAACAGUACAUCUGUGACUAAAGAAGACUCGAAAACCUAAUCUCCCGGACAUUGGAGAGAUAACAUGGCGACCACCAUCAGCACCCAGCGGGGACAGGUGUAUAUUGGGGAGCUUCCACAGGACUUCCUGCGGAUCACUCCCACCCAGCAGCAGCAGCAGGUCCAGCUGGACGCCCAGGCUGCCCGGCAGUUGCAGUAUGGAGGCUCAAUAGGCACCGUAGGGCGACUCAGCAUUACUGUGGUCCAGGCCAAGCUGGCUAAAAACUAUGGUAUGACACGGAUGGAUCCGUACUGUAGGAUCCGACUGGGCUAUGCAGUCUACGAGACACCAACCGCUCACAACGGAGCCAAGAACCCACGCUGGAACAAGGUGAUCCAGUGCACGGUGCCUCCAGGGGUGGACUCCUUCUAUCUGGAGAUCUUUGAUGAGAGAGCGUUCUCCAUGGAUGACAGGAUAGCAUGGACUCAUGUCACCAUCCCUGAGAGCCUGAGAGAGGGCAGCGUGGUGGAUGAGUGGUUCAGCCUCAGCGGCAGACAGGGCGAUGACAAGGAGGGCAUGAUCAACCUGGUGAUGUCGUUUGCUUCCUUACCAGCAGGGAUGAUGACUCAGCCUGUUGUCCUAAUGCCCUCAGUGUAUCAGCAAGGAGUAGGAUAUGUGCCCAUUGCAGGAGUGCCGACAGUCUACAACCAGGGCAUGGUGCCCAUGGCAAUGCCAGCAGCCAUGCCAGCUGUUGGGGGCCAGGGGCCGGUGUGCAGCGAGGAGGACCUGAAGGCUCUGCAGGACAUGUUCCCCAACCUGGAUAAGGAGGUGGUUCGUACUGUGCUGGAAGCACAGCAGGGCAACAAGGACGCUGCCAUCAACUCUCUGCUGCAGAUGGCUGAGGAGCUCUAACUGCAGAACACAAGCUCACAGUGGACAUCCCAACACACACACACAAUCACACACACACACACACACAUAUGCAUGCAUCCCUCCCACACACACACACACAGUCCACCCACAGUGUGGCUGUUUGCUCACCCACAUACUGCAGCCAUAUCUGAGCUCCCACCAGCUCCAGCAGCUGGUAGCCACAGAGAUCUGUUUCCUCCCCCGUUAUUGACUCUUUCUGGCCUAACAGUACAUGAAGCCUGGGCUUUCUCUGCUAACACACCACCCUCUGUCACUGGAUCCUCAAAGCAUCACAACAACUGUGUUCACCUUUGGUUUUAAGAAGUCACUGGUUUAAGAUCAGUAAGCAGAUGUAUUUGGGAGGUUCUUGAAGUCGUGACAGGAUUAUCAAGGCGUGUAUCACAGUAGAGUCUCAAACAGAAUGUUGCAUUUGCAGUAGUGUGACUUGAUGAGUAUUGUAAAUCUUACAAGCCCCAAUCAGUUUGCAUCUCUCACUGUAUCCAUGGUAACGCCGUCUGUCCUCCCUGAACCCAGGGUUUGAUUUGCACAGUUUGAGUUGUAGAGAGUCAUGUUCAGAGUCCAUCCUCUGUUUAUGUUCGUUGUUGUUACUAAUGUGUGGAGAACCUGUCUGUAGAAACCUGCAGUGAACUGCUUCUGUUUCUAUAUAGCGCUGUAAAAUGUUUAGUGCAUUCAAAGUCAGAUAAAUUAUUAUGGAAAUAUUUAAUUAUAUAGAGUUCUACACGGGGACAAAUGAAUUGAGAAUGACCUGAGGGACUUGAGGUGCAGAAGAGUAUAACCACUGAAAGGCCCAUCACUCCACUCUGAACCAUCUUUCAAAGCGAUAACAACAUUCCUUUGUAAAGUUUUGAUGUAACCCUUUUUCUGUCAGUGAAGCAAGGAUGUGAAGGCUUGUUGUCAUAAAGUAAUGUCCUGUGGAGUCACUUUUUAACAAGUGUGAAGAUGCAGUGUGAGCAUGAGGAGAAUGAUGAAAUGCAGAUGUUUUGAAGCUCAGCCAGAUGUUUUAUGAAGCCCUUCUAACACUGAAACACUUCCAUGCAGGUUCCCUUCAGGAUGCCUGCGGAGUGACUCGGGUGAAGCGGAGACCUGAACAGAGUACUUCAGUCUUAAUGAGUUACAUACAUAUCCACAGCUGUUUGCAGACAUCGCUUUUCUUUCCCCCUGAGCAGUGAGUGAAGAUGUCAUUGACCAGACUUCCAUGAAGUGUACCCUGAAUGUUCAUGGUCCCCAGAAGCUGCCCCCCACCGAUCUUAAACUUGUGGAUCUCAUUAAUGCUUGAUAGUUGUCCGUACUGUACAGCAGUGUGUAACACCACAGGCAGAGCUUUAAAUGUUCAGUGUUUCUGUGCGCUGUAGGUCCUGAAGCUUUGACUCUUGUAGGUUUUAAGGUCUUGUUGUUAAUGUGCUGUCUGCCAAAGGUUUCAUUUAAGAUUCGUGGUCUCUUUGUGACUUUUUCACUUGUGGUUCCAAAACGAUCGCUGUCCAGAUUCUUAAAAUGUCACAGUCAUUUUAUUAUUGUGUCAUGUGAUUCUGUUAUUUUCAAAUUCACUGCUGCACAGCGUCUGGAAGUGUAGACACUUUGGUCUUAAAUUUGAUUUGCAUAUUUUAAAUUUUAAUUUAUUAAAGUUCUGGUAUGGAUUGCAGAAUUUUAAACCAGAAAACAAGAACAUGUAGUACAGGUGUUCAGUCUGUAUGUGACAGGAUGAUGAUGAAUUUUGGAAACUGUGUGAAUGGAAAACCUCUGUGUGAGGUCUUGGACUUACUUUGAAUACUGGUGCCACUGAUUUGGCAAUGUGAUCUCACUGACACCAAUGUUAGCUAGAGCUUAAUUUGUGCCCUCCAUUUUGCUUAGAACAUACUGAUGUUCUUCAGAG